AUGGCUUUUUGUGCAAACAGGAAACAGAAAAGAAGGCGCAAUGGAUGUGAUUCUCUAGAGGAAAUUUUAUUAAAGUGGAAAAAUCAUUAUCAGGAGCUUAAUUCUAGCAUUGAAGAUGUACAAGUAAAGAAAAAGAGAAAAAUUCCAGUUAAGAGAUCAAGAAAAGGUUGUAUGCGAGGUAAAGGCGGUCCUGAGAAUUCAGGUUGUAUAUAUAGAGGAGUUAGACAAAGGAUAUGGGGAAAGUGGGUAGCUGAAAUUAGAGAACCUGUAUAUAUUAGUGGUCAGUAUAAAACUAGCGGUAAACGUCUUUGGCUCGGUACUUUUUCCACAUCUGUUGAUGCUGCUCUUGCUUAUGAUGAAGCUGCUAAGGUUAUGUAUGGUUCUAAUGCCAUACUUAACUUCCCGAAUUAUUGUGUACAAAAUGACUCGUCGAGUACUUUUACCAUUGCCCGAACAUCUUCACCUGAAUCGACUGAUGAAUCAUCCGUUGAUCAUGAGGAUUCAGGUGCUGAAGAUGCCAAGGUUAGAGUUGAUCAGUCCACUUUUGCAACAUCAGUAGUUACAGCAGAUGAAAAGCAACAUUCUUCUUGUUGUUGUUUGACUGAGAAAUCAGAUGUAAUGCCAGAGGAGGAUUAUGAGAACGAGUUAAACGAUUCAGGAUGCAGUUCUAGAACUGAUUGUCAGCCUCCGAAUUGUUGUGUUAAAGUUGAGACACCUAUAAAGGAAGAAAUCGAGAAGGAUGAGUUUGUACGUGAUAAGGAUUUGGAACGCCUGAACUCGUAUGAAGUCUCAAAUAGUUUGCACAUUAUGGACAAAGAGACUACAGAUGUGAAGCCACAAGAUCUGAAUAUAUUGCAAGAACAACCAUUGGAUUUCAGGUCUACUGAAAACCCGAGUGAAGAUUUUUGUAGGCGUUUAGAAUACAUGGAGCAUUGGCUAAUGGAAGACGAUUGUUCAAUCGAAGCAACAAAAGUAUCAGACACAUAUUGUUUGACAGAGAAUCGUGAUGAAGAUUUUCAGAAGUUUUUAGAGGAAUCGUUUGAUUUCAAGCCAAUGAUUGUGUCUGCUGAGCUAAACUAUGUGAAGAAUGAGGAGCAAUUUGAUUGUACAUACAACCAGCAAAUUGACCAGCAGACAGAUGGAAUUAUUAGCAACCAAGCUGAUUGGAAUUCUUUGAUUAGUUCGCAACAGGAGGAUAAUAUCAAAGAUUUGUCUAUCUUUAACUUUGAUUUUGAUAUAUAA